AUCAUUUUUUCUUUCUCAAAUCUCAAUUAUCAUGCGUUUAUAUAUAGUUUUCUCUUUCCUUUCUUUUUUCUUUUUUCUCAAUCAUGUCAUCGGAUUUAAAUAUUCGAGCGAUGUUACUUGUGCUUUCAUUAAUUCACAAGCUAAUAAUGAGAUAUUUUAUACAUAUACUUGGGUAAUUAAAGAUUUUCAAGAUUUUUGUAACAAAGAAUAUUCUGGUAACAUAUUUAGUGAAAAAUUUUAUUCUCCUAUGUUAAAUAAUCAAGAAGAAAAUUAUGCUUGGAGAAUUUCACUUUAUCCACGUUUCUCUUAUAGUAGAAGAGAAUAUAUAAGUGUUUAUUUAAUAGCAUUUCAAACCAAUCAAGAAAAAUUGAAUGGAUUAAAAAAUCGACAAACUAGAAUAAAGUUUGAAAUAUAUUUAAGUGAUAAUAAUAUUGAAUCAAUUACAAGAGAAUCAUUAAAAUUAUUAUCACAAAGUGAAAUAGAAAGUCAUACAUUUUUAUUUGAUAAGAAUAUAAUUUCAUUAGAUUAUUAUGAAUUUUGUGAAGUUUCAAAUAUAUUUCCUAAUGGAAACACUUCAAAAAGUGCAAAUUUAAUAAUUCGAUUACAUUUUUAUAAAAAUGAGAAUUCUACAGAAUCAAUACCAAAUUAUGAUAAUAAUUAUAAUUCACAAGAUUAUUUUAAACAAUUUGAAGAAUUUGAACAUUAUUUUAAUAAUGAUAUAUUUAGUGAUAUAACAUUUAAAUUUAGUUGUGGAUCAGAAAUUAAAGCUUCAAAGAUGUUUCUCGCUUUUAAAUCCCUUCAUUUUAAAAAAUUAUUUGAACAAAUUGAUAAAGAUUCUAACGCGUUAAUUUUUCAUAUAGAAGGAGUAUCAUAUAAUUGUUUUCACAAAUUAUUAUAUUUCGUUUAUACUGGUAGAAUUGAUAAUAAUUUAUCUUAUAAUGAAUUAAUUGAAUUAUAUAAAGAAUCUAAUUGGAGGGAGAUUAAUGAUCUAAAAGAAAUCACUAGUUGCAGAAUUAUUAAAUUUAUUAAUGAAAGUACUUGGGAUGAAAUAUUAUUAUUAGGAUGGAAAUCAAACAAUAAUGUCUUAAAAAAUUCUGCCAUGAAAUUUCUUAGUGAUAAUUGGACAAAAGUUAAGGAUACUGAUAAAAUGAGAAAUUUCGAAAAUGUAGCUAAUAUAGAAUGGUUAGAAGAAUUAUUUAUUGCAAAACUUUUUGGUGUAUGAGGUAAAUUUAUAUUAUUGGUCAUUUCAUGAAGGUAACUCGAAAUAUUAUUUAUUCCUUCCUGUAUGUUAUUUUUUAACUUGUAUCAAAUUUUUCCCUUAAAUAAAGAUACGUAUGACAAAUUGUAGACUUACUAAAAGAAAUUGAUGUAAAAUUAGGAAACAACACUUUAAAUUAAAUGAAAUUUUCGUUUGUUCCAUCUUCCUUCUUCGCAUUAAAAGAAUAAGGCAAAGUCGAGUAAAAUUUUAUAAGCCUAAGUAAAAUAUAAACGUAAAAUAUUGGAAUAGCG